AGCGAGAGCCCACCAAGUUCAGUGCGAAAGUAAGCUCCACCCCAUCACGUGGUAACGGAGACCGAGGGAUGAGACUUGCAAUUGUUGGUCACUUCGCUGUGGCUGCUUCACCUGAUCUCUUAACAGGACUGAAGUACUCCUGAGUAGCAUUUUGUGCAUUGCUGGAAAUGUCCUUCAAAGAACUGACAGCCAGAGCCGUGCUCCUAUAUGAUGAAUGGCUUAAAGAUGCAGAUCCCAGAGUUGAAGACUGGCCAUUAAUGUCUUCUCCACUCCCACAAACAAUUAUUCUUGGAGCCUACAUCUACUUUGUAACAUUCUUUGGACCAAAACUGAUGGAGAACAGGAAGCCAUUGAACUUGAAGCAAAUAAUGAUUGUGUACAAUUUUUCCAUGGUGAUCUUUUCAAUAUAUAUGUUUUAUGAAUUUCUUAUGUCUGGCUGGGCCACUGGAUACUCAUUCCGCUGUGACAUUGUGGAUUACACCAGGUCACCACAAGCCCUCAGGAUGGCCUGGACAUGUUGGCUUUUUUACAUAUCAAAGUUUAUCGAGUUAUUGGACACUAUCUUCUUUGUGCUUCGAAAGAAGAACAGCCAAGUGACAUUCCUUCAUGUUUAUCAUCACACCAUCAUGUCUUUCACAUGGUGGUUUGGAGUCAAAUUUGCUCCAGGUGGUCUAGGAACAUUUCAUGCUCUUGUAAACUGUAUUGUACAUAUAAUCAUGUAUACAUACUAUGGGUUAUCUGCACUGGGACAAACUUACCAGAAGUAUUUAUGGUGGAAAAAGUACAUGACCACAAUUCAAUUGAUCCAGUUUGUGGUGAUUACUGUCCAUAUUGGGCAGUUCUUCUUCAUGAAAAAUUGCCAGUACCAGUAUCCAGUUUUCCUCUACAUAAUUUGGCUUUAUGGAGUUAGCUUUCUGAUUUUAUUUCUCAACUUCUGGUACUAUGCAUACACAAAAGGGCAAAGAUUGCCAAAGAAUGCAAUGAACAAGUCGAAGAAGGAGCAGUAAAAACACUAACAGGAAUAUGUUUGAUUUGUACUUAUGCUUUAGAUGAUCAUGAACAUAUACAAUAUUGUGUAAUACAUGGUGUACUUUUUUUAAAAACUGGAUAAUAUGGAUCUGUUUCUGUGAUUCUCUGAAGUUGAUCUAUUAGGGCAUGCUACCAUGUAGUUGCUAAAUUUAUGAAAUAAAAUGAACCUCUUCAAAAUCUGUUGCCACCCUCGCAAACUUGAUUCUUUGCCUGGUGUUAACACAUCACCUGCUAUAAUGUGAUUGGUCCAGCUUGUAACACUCAAGUGUUUCUACCUUUGCCUCAUCCAACUUUCCUAAUUGUGUGUAAAGUUAUGCAAAUGAGUCUUGUGCAUUGUUAUACUGCACGUUUGACCUUGAUGCUGUGUUGUGUUGUUUUUCUUGUGUCAAUGGCAGAAGUACAACAUCGUGCUGUUGGUCCCAUUUUAGUAGCAGUGGUGCAUCUGGGCAACUUUGAUCUUGCAUCAGUUUUGCCUUGCAUGGCCACAGUAUUUGGGAUUGGGACAAAGCCUCUUGUUUAAUAAAUACUUAAAUGAACAGGGUAAAAACUGGCAGGCUAGGUUUCUAUUUUGUUUAAAGUGUUUCCUGUAUGAUGUUUAAAUUACAAUUUAAAAGCAGUAAAAAGAUGGUCAGUUUCAGCUCACCUUGGUGCUCUGUCUUUCCCUAUUUAGGUUGCAGAUAUCAUGAUGUUGGGCUGUUCUCUUUUUGAGGGACAUUAAUUUUUCAGCACACAUUUCUGUAAAUCACUUACUUUUAAGAAGGGAAAAAACCUCCCAUGUCAUCUAAAAAUUGAAUUUUAUUUUGAUAGCUUUUUAAUUAAACAAGCUUUCAAUAAACAGCUAGAGAGCUCUGCUCUAGAAAUAUGUUGUGGGAAUGCAGAGCCUCACUGUGCCUAUGCUUGUGUCUUCAUGAUUGAAAGUAAUUCUGCCUUUAAUUUCUGCCUGUGUUUUUAAAGUUGCAAAAAGUUUUUAAAAUGUUCCCCUUUCUUUCCCCCCACCCCACCCCUCUCCCCAAUCCAUCCAGCUUGCUAGUGAUGCUUGUAAAUGUGUUUAGCUGUAGCUUUUGUAAAAGGCAGAAGAUGGUGUUUGGGAAUACUGGUAGGAAGCUGUUGAGAGUUAGGCUUUUGCUUUCCUAUUUCUGAAAUUUUAUGUGAGCAGCAGUUUUAAAAUGUGAAUCCUCAUUUUUGAGAUGCUAUUGGUUUAGGUAUGUUAAUCACAAAUGUUUGCUUAGUUUUCAAGGAAAAUGGUUAAAGGAAUGUUUAGAUAUUUCAGCUUUUUCAUUGUUGGAUGCUGCAGUUUAUUCCAAAUGCAUCAUCCUAUGGUUAAAAUGUUUUUUUUCACUGAUUUGGCUUUCUACACAAGGUCAGUUCCCAUUUUCUCCACUUAUUUUUCUUUUUGCAUCCCUUCCUUGUUCAAUUGUUCUUUGUAUGAUUAUCGGGAUAAAUGCUUGAUCAUUGGAUGGUUGGCUAUUUUUAUAUUAUAUAGGCAUAUAUCUGCCCUAUUUGCAGACAAAAAUAUUUACAGGUUUCUCACCCACAAGCUUUAAAUUCUUCACUAAAGUCAAAUGUUUUCUGUAACGCUCAUUUUUGAAAUGCACAUUGAAUUAUUUUUAUCUCUGGAAGCUGUUUUGAAUCCAGACUAGGAUCAAAAACACCUUUCCUGCACAUAAUGGUCAUAAUUGAAAUAUAUUUGGGAAGUCUUUGCAUAGCAGCGCUACAGAUUGGUACUAAACAAUGUCGUUUGAAGAGGACAGUAGUGUGGCUGCUACAGGAUAUGGAGAUUUUACUGUUCUAUUGAUGGUCUGUGUUUUGAGUUUUGAAUAGAAGAAUAUUUUGAAGAUGCAAUUGAAGCAUACAAAUCCGGCAUCAAGUUUACCUGAUUUUUUUUUUUCCUUUUUAAAAGGUGCCAAAAGGGAAGAAAUUCCCCAAAAAGCUGUAUUCCCAACUGACUGCAAUAUUUCUAAAUUCUUUGUUAUUAUUAGAUUUUUUUUGAGACUGUUACAAAGCAUGCUAUAGUAGAGUUUUCAGAGGAGAUAAACACAGUAUCCAAUCCAGAUAUCGCAAACAAGGAGCUGGAGGCCACUUGGUUUGUUUUAAUAGGGAGUGUUGUGUCACAAGUUGGAAAUUCACAGUGCAAGCACUGUAGUGUAAUAAUGUGACAUUGAGUAAAUUGUAAAUGCUUCACUUUCUAAAGAGUGUUGAAUUUUGCUUUACCAUUUUUAAACUUAAGUAUUAAGCUAUUACAACUUAAUGAAAAAUGCAGCUUAUUGCAAAUUAAAAAUGAAACCAUUGUUGGUGGAAAACUAUUGAUACAAAUGCUACAACAAGUUCAUCAAGUGAAAUAUUGAAGAAAACAUGAUAGGUUUGGAAAAUUGUACCUUGAAGUUUCUGAAAUGUUGUACUCAGUCGUAAUAGCAGAAGAUAAGCAUGUUGUAUUCUAAUUUUAGCAAGUGUUUCCAAAUGAAUCAAUUUCUUUUGUAAGUGGUAACACUUGCAAUGAUGUCUUAAAAUCAUUUAUAUGCACAUCCAUAAUAAAUAUUUACUAUGAAACCUA